AUGGGAUGGACCGUAACUCUUUUUAUACUGGCGACCAUCUAUACCGCUACGAACACCUGGAAAUAUACACGACAAGCGACCGUUGAAUUCACUGCCGCUGAAACGAAGGAGUUUACUCCCCUUUUCAAGUACCUCCUCGGAAAUGAUCAAAAGACUGCUUGGGAUUCGAUUACCGCCAUAAUCUCGAGACUGAUGAAUACUACCGCUCAUUCCAUACUUGUUCACCGCUGUUAUGUUCUCCGGAAUCGUGAAAAGUAUGUGUUACUUCUCCUCGCUUUCGGCGCAUUUUUCUUGAACGGUAUGGACCUCGGGUGUACGAUAGCAAAUGCUAUUGCGAUCAGCGACACCUCGAAGCAUUCCAAUGUCAUCCUCGGAAAGAAUGCUAUGCUUGUUGACAAAGGAGUGGCGGUAGGUAUUGCUCUUUUCCAGAUCGUGUUGACUUUCAUAACCGGCGUUUCCAUUUGGUCAAAUAACCGUCGGAAAACGAGAUAUACAGCGAUCAUGGCUGUUGUGAUCGAUUCCGGAAUGCUCUAUGCAACUACUUUGUUAACGUUAAUCAUUCUCACAUUUGUGAUGGACAACGGCCGGACUGGAUUCAUCCCUUGGGAUUUCUCGGCUGUAUCGGUGCUGAUGUCGGGAAUCGCCCCUACGUUGGUCGUCGCCCGGGUAGAUUACCGCAAAUUGGAUAGUACCGCAAAGCAGACGGUGUCAGCUCCUAGGUGCGACCUAGAAUCUCAGGAGAACCACCAAAAGACCUCCACAAUCGACCGCCAACCACCAGCUUUAGGGGUUGAUUUCGGUAACCCUCUGGGGAGCGAAGUUUCAUUGGCUUCGGUUAAUGAUGAGAAGAUAGGAGGCUAG